AUAAAAAAGACACAGAAAAUUAUGUGGUAGAUAUUAUUUUCACCUUUGGGCAUUCCAUUCGUCAUACUUGUAUUAUAAAAUGCAAAAAGUGUAAAUAGGUGAAAAGAGCCAUCUGCCUAAACAGCCACUUCAUCACCUAAUAGAUCUAUUCUUUGAAAAUUGCUUUAAUGGCAACUACACUUCAACCCAACUACUUGAACCAAGAUUUCAAGAAAGGUGUAAAGUACCUAGUUGACAAUUCAAAGGACAUGAAAAUGGUGCCUUCGGAGUUUGUUUUGCCAAUUCCAGAAGGUGAAAAGCCAUCGUUGGCCAUUGAUGGUGACAUUCCAGUGAUAGAUUUGAGUGGCCUCAAUGGACCUGUUGAGCAAAGACUAUCAACUAUACGUGCCCUUAGUUCUGCUUGUGAUGAAUGGGGAUUCUUUAGGGUGACUAAUCAUGGUAUAGAAGUGUCCCUGAUGGAUAAAAUGGUACGAGUGGUAGAAGAAUUUUUCAACCUGCCAUUGGAAGAGAAAAUGAGAUAUGGUUCAGAAGAUGUGAUGGAUCCAGUAAGAUAUGGAACAAGCUUGAACACUCCCAGAAAGCAUGCCCUCCAUUGGAGGGACUAUCUGAGGCACUAUGCCGGUCCAGUUCCACAUACCCUUCACCUUUGGCCAGAUAAUCCUCCUACCUACAGGAACGUUGCAAAGGAGUACGUAAAGGAAGUUUGGCAACUUGCGGUAAAAAUAUUUGGUGUAAUAUCAGAAGGAUUAGGCCUGGAUCCAGAUUACUUAGAGAGGUCACUUGGAGAUGAAGGGACUCAAAUGAUAGCUUCAAAUUUUUAUCCACCAUGUCCUGAGCCAAACAAGACAUUGGGACUUGCUGCACAUUCAGAUCAUGGUGGUCUCACUAUUUUGAUGGACAAUGGCAUUCCUGGCUUGCAAAUUAAACACAAUCAAACAUGGUACUCUGUCCCCAGUGUCCCUGGCACUUUCGUUGUCAAUCUAGGAGAUUUUAUAGAGGUACUAAGUAAUGGGAAGUACAAGAGCAUCGAGCAUCGAGCAAUAGUCAAUGCGGAGGCAGCGAGGAUCUCUAUAGGAGUGGGUCAUGGCCCAGCAAUGGAUGCAAUAGUUCAGCCUGCAGGUCCACUUAUCAAAGAAAAGAAUGAAAGCAAGUUUCGGCCCAUUGUUUACAAGGACUAUAUUAGAGCCCAACAAAGCACUAUUAAGAGAGGGAAGAGUGCGUUGCAUGAGAUAAUGACUUCCUCAGACAACUAGGGCCUGUUGAAUUUCUUUCAAAGCCUAUUGAGUAAUUUUUAUGGAUUCUAUUAUGAAAAAAUUAUUUGAUUGAGUGCUUUUUA